AAUGCCACCCCUGGGGCGUCGGCUUCUCGCUGAUGAGACCGCUGCAGGGCUGUCGCGGACGGGGCGUCGUCGUGGGGACCGUCACCCUCUGCCUGGCCGCCGGGUGGGCUCUGCAGACUCCCGGAGGAGUAUCGUUAGUUGUCCCACAACCCAACAUCAAUGCAACAGUGGCACAAAACAUCCUCCUCUCAGUUGAAUACUCUUGCAGAGGCAUCGCUACCAUUGAGUGGAAGCAUGUGUCAAGCUGGGGCACCACCAGCAUUGUUGAGUGGAAAAUUGGGAAUUAUGUCAACAUAUCCACAGUCUACAAGGACAGAGUGACUACUUUUGAAAAUGGCUCUAUACAGCUUCACAACGUGGGCAUGCGAGAUGCCGGCUACUAUUUUGUCACUGUAACAGAGGAGUAUGGAAACAACGCCUACGGCACCAUCAUAGUCAAUGUUUACGAAAUUAUCUAUGAAGAUUUACAUUUUGUAGCAGUUCUCUUUGCCUUUCUCGCUGCAGUAUCUGCCAUUCUGAUCUGCUUCAUGUGGCUGUGUAAUAAAUCUCUGCAUCUGUUUCAGAAGACGACACACAAACUCACAGCAAGUACAACGGAAGAGAUUGAAUUGGAAACCAUUGAGUGUUAGCCAAGGACUGUAUCAUAGCAAAAAUAACGAUUCUACCUCAGGAGAAAAUAUUGACCAAGAAAGCAAGAACAAACCUAGAAGGACAGACUGACAGAGCUUCCCCUCUGGUCAGGAACUAGGAUGACCAGGUGCAGAGGUACUAUGGGUUCCAUUUGGAAAAACUUUCAGAGAAUUUCUCACCAAGUGAAAAACGAUGCAGUACAAGAAAGGGAAGAAUAAUGUGUAUGAGUCUACCUGAGAUAAAAGGAAAUCCUGCAGUUCUUGCUCUUGAUGGGACAAUGUAAUAACUCUUCCAUCUCUAUGCACAACUCUGAUUUGUUCAACUCCAAUGUUCAGCUGUAGUUGAAUGGAUCUUUGAAGAUAAGAGGCAUAUUUAUUCAAAAUGCACUACAACACUAAAGAAGACAGGAAACUAAGAACACAGAAUCCCCCCAGUCAUUGACAAGAACUCUUAAGAUGGAUGGUGCAAAGCCUACAGAAUGUGACAGCAACUCCAACCAUUUCAGUUUCAUCACUCACCACAACAGCUCCCUCUAUACUGCAGGGGACAUAUUCUGUGGCGUGUUCCCAGACCUGGCCCACUGCUUGUUCAGGUCAAGGAGGCCUCACAGUUCCCCCCCGCCUGCCACUGUUGCCCAAGUUUCCUUCCAGAGGUGCAGGGAAAAUGGUGUGUUCUAUACUACAGCCAAGACUUGGGCAGCAUAUGCAUUCUGGAACCAAGACUGGCAAUUGCACCAGUGACAGCAGUUUGCCCCACACUGUGCACACAGAACACUGCUCCAAAUGUAAAAAACCACUGUCAAUGCAUUAGUUAAUUUACUGCUGGUCAACAUCCAGACAUUUGUUUCUGGAACAUGACAUUACUUAUUUUGACACCAAUGUGCAUAACUAAUUGCAUGAAUUACAUGAAUUCCACAUUUCAGUACCUAUACAACCAAGCUAGGACUGAGGACUGAUUAGCUGGAAGUUUAGAAUCCAACAUAUCAAAUGAUACUUUGUAUUCAGUCAUCUCUACCAAAAGUAAAUCCCCCCCCUUAAAUGGCCGCUCUCAUUUCUAUUCUCUUCUUUGAAAGGAAACUGUGCUAAUUAAAGAUGUAAUACGUUUCUUCAUUAAAGUGCAAAGUGGGUGAAGAGUUUUCUUAGGGUGGCUGCUCACCCCACAACUCAGACAAACACACACAAAUAAUGGACUCCUACUUGUCUGUCUGAGAAGAAUCUAAACCUUUAAAGCACAACUUGGAUACACAUUCUCUGCUGCAUGCUUCUACCAGUAAAAAGAGACAUGCAUUCUCAUACUUACUUGCAGAUCUGCUCGUAUCCUUGAGAAGUUAUUAGAACUUUAACACUGGAUUCAUAAACAUCAUUUAUAUUGGACCAGUGAGCCUGAAUCUGAGGAUCCUCAAUACGACUCGCCAGACUGUCAAUGGUUCGAGCAGUUCUAGAAGAUAAAGCCAUAUCCCACACACAAUGAUCUAGACAGUUUGUGCUGUUCUCUUGUUUAAAGGAACUGAGCAGGUUAUUCCAUUUAAGGGAACCAUGUGGAUCAAAGCUCUAUUUCAGCACCAUUCUGGUGCUAAUGAAGGCCACUUGUUUAUUAUGUACAUUUCUCAAGCGUUCAGCAGCCAUAUUAAAGCGGUAUUACUCAGUAUCAGCUAUUGCAUUGCAAAGAAUAUGGAAAAAGAUAUUUUAUGCAGUUUAAGAUAAGUAGGGACAAUUAUCAGCAGCGUACGUCCUAACUGUCACAGCAAUCUCAAAAAAAAAUCUGACUUUUUUUUUUUUUUACUAGCUGAGUGUUGUUUGCUCGUAUUUUAUCAUAUAUUAUUGUUUCUUAGUACUUGCAAAUAAAGACUAUUUUAACUGUGAAGGAAACAGUGCCUAAUUUUAAGAACACUUAAGAAUGAUCAAUUGCAUUCUACUUAAUGGUACAUUUUAUUGUAACUGUAAACAAGAAGAGCAUGUGACCUACCUGCGUCUCAGAAAGAUAUGUUUUGCCUGUUUUAUUAUCUUUUCCAGAAGUCCUUCAUUUGACUGUAGACAACUGAUAUCAUUUUUAUCAAAAGCCUGGGGUCCUGCAAGUCUCAUUCUCUUAUGGCCAAAAGGUGCACUAGCUGGAUGUGGCAUUACUGUUGAGCUCAGGGUUUGCUUGUGACACUGAAACAAACAACAGAUGUUAUAAAAUGAAGUGACCGAAUAACGUAUCUGCAAGAAAUACUACAUAUACAACAUGCUGCUUCACAUUAGGUUUUUUAAGUUUACAUACUUUCAACAGUGCAACAUUUUACCUUUAGAAACCUGACAGUAUUUUAAAGCCAACUUUAUGUGUGUCUUUCAAAACUUAUGGAAAGUGAUUUUUUUUUUCUUUUUGAAAAGCGCUAGCUAACCAAAAUUUGGAACCAUGCCUUUAAUACAUCUCUGGAGACAGAAAGAAUGGUCAAGUAAAAACAAAGGAAGCAUUGUAGAGGAAAAAAAACUGAGGUACAAAAAGUUUUAGCAACCUGUCCAAAGUAAAGAAAGGAAAUUCACAGCAGAGUUGGGCACUGAGCCAAAGCUCCAUGAAACCUAAAUCAGCAUUUAAAACACUGGACUAUUCCACAUGGCUGCAUGACUUGCAGAGCCAUGCUCUAAGAGAUGAACACUCACUGGAAUAUGGUUUCAACUCUGCUCAGACAUGCAAAAUUGCGCUCCUUUCCUGAACAGAAGCAACCUCAACCUUCUACCCCAGGUCAUUCUGCUAGAUUAUACAAGAAUAUUAAACACUGAAGCAGAGAAGUGGAUCUUAAAAGAAGCAAAGCUAUUACAGUAAUUGAUUGUUCUUCCUUCAUGGGGAUACAGUCUGACUAGAUGCUCCCUUACAGUGCUUGCCAAGCAUUAAUCAGACACAAUGCAAAAAGGGAGACUGAUGAGCUCUAGAGGAAAAGCUUUGCAUGACUAUUCUGAAGUGAGCAGCCAGGCCUGAGGUUAAGUUAAGAACUAGCAUUCCAUGAAAGCAUGAAGUGGAACUCCUGAACCACCCAUACCCAUUGAAACCGAGCAAUAGGUUGCCUUAUACAAAUGGAUGGGAAGAGACUGGCCUCUAGCGGCACUCGGCUGUUACAUCAGUGCCACACACCAGGCAAAAGACUAAACAAAAGCCCAAAAACUGUUCAGUGUUUGACCAUAAAUGCAUUUAUUACCUCUCUGAUAAGUUGAUGCAAAUUAUGUUCCAGAACAUAGAGAUGAUCCUCUGGAUUCUGUUUCUCAGAAGCAGCCUUUUGUGACUUUUUGUCAUUGGACGAGUGGCACAGAGAGAUAGACAACUGCAAACCUGUACAAAACAGAUGGGAAGAAAAAAACAAAAGAGAGCACUGACAAUUGUCAAGGUUGCUACUGAGAACUACUUUUCUUCACACUUUAUAGGAGUAGUUUAACAACGAGAAUUCACCGUAUCAGAGAAAAAUCAAAGAAUGAUGGUGGAGAGCACAGCACCAAAGGCAAGUAAGACUUGCUACUUACUGAAGUGUUGACAGGCCAGCUAUGAACUCACCAGCUGCAUUUCUCUCCAAUUUCUAUGACUCAAUCCCACACAAAAAGAAAAGUCCUCAGGACCCCAUUCCUUCCCCAAAGAAGGGAUGAUUUACCAUCAUGCACAUUUUAAGCAAUCCAGAAAUAUAUUCUUCACAUGAUUCAAUCAGUUGUGUACCCCCUGUAAGAACAGAGGAUUCAGCAGCUGACUCAGAGCCACCCUCAUGCUGUUUAAUUAUCCUCACUGAAGGGCUUUAGCUUUUGUUCUUCUGAAGACCCAUUAACUCAAGCCUUAAAUUUCACUUGUGUGCAAUCCAGGAGCAAUGACCUAUGCACAGCUCCAAACUGGCAUGUGCACAUGGCAUUACAGUGGACAGUUUUAAGUGCUGCUGACAAGAAACAUAACCACAAAGGAAAACAGAGUAAAUUAGAAACUAAAGCACAUUAGCUGAAUUUUUCUAGAAUUAGUAAGCAAAAUUCUAACUGUGAAAUUCUGUUUUUCAAAAACUCUGAAAACCAAGGAGUCUGGUUUUUAAGAACAGAGCAUUAAAAAUGGUCACAUCAAUCAGGAAUUUCAAUUCACGUUUAAGCAAAUAAUUGCUAAAAGGUCUUGGAAAGUUUCCUACCUGGGAAAGGCUGGGAGAUUAUCUGAUUUUUCACAACAAUGUGAGGAAUCUGUGAUUUAAUUUGAACAGCUUCUCGUGACAGCUGGGCAAAAAUUUCUUUACACAAAAGAACAUUCUGCGCAGUCUCCAACUUUGUCUGCCAGUGUGGAGAACCUGAAAAAUACAAAUCAGUGUUUCCAGAAGAAAAGAUUAAAGAGAAGCCACCUUUUUGUUCAGAUACCAGACACUGUGCAGCAAUAGGCUAGACACAAUUGCUGAGAUAAAGCAGUCAGUACCUUAUAGCCAAACUGAGUAUUAUCAGAAUUUUAUCUCAAUUAAGCAAGCACUUUAAGGUAACACUAAUGCAUUUUCAUUCAAUUUAACAUAUAUGUAUGCUGCGAAAUGAAAGGCCCUUCUGGAACCACGUAUUACGCUCCCAGGCCUUUUGUGAACUCUGCUUACGAACCUCUGCUUCCUAAGUUGCAAUUUACUUUCAAUGAUACUUCCAGCUUUAUUAAAUUCACUCUACAAUGAACUAUCAAAUAAUAUUUAGUUUGUGUAUGUGCUUUCACAGGAUUUAGAGGCCCAAAAUUCUUGGGAGAUUCUGGUGUAAGUACACAAGCUCUAUAAUGUAUCCUGAAUACCAGAUGAAACACUUCCAUAGUACAGCACUCUGUGUAUGUUCCGGACAGCAUGAGCAUCUGUGUCACAGACCACUGUGAAAUGAAAUCCUGCCAGUUUAUUUUUAACCCUAAAGAGUAAAGGAUGACUUUUUAAUCCCAAUAGUUUACAACUUCAAAUACCAGCACAUAUCAGAUGAAUCAAUCUACUCUCUGCCAGGUGGGUUGUCAGUAAUUAACGCACAGACUGCCAUCACAGUUUCAGAUCCAGAUAAAACAUAUGAGCCAUAGACACAAUGCAUUUUGGGCAAAGUUAAGAGUGAACAGUCAUACAGUUCAGCUGCACUAUGGGAUGUAACUGGCUGAAACACAAUACCUUGGAUUGAUUUUGGUGAUGUGCUCAAACUUUUUAAAGACUAAGAGAAGGUGCUCCAGAAUACUUGAAAUACAACUCCCAUACUUUUGUUUCAGAACUGAAUAAACAUCUGAAAAACUGAAGGAGUGUGCUUUGAAAGCAUCACGUUUUCAAAGCCCAAGCAGCACCUAAACAGAAAAUUUCAGUUUAAAUAAGGAUAUUCUUGUUCACUCUUCUUGUAAGCUAUAUGCUAUGAUUUUCAAACAAGCAUCAUACUCAAACCCAGUUCUUGAGAAGAUGCGCACAAAACAACAUACCUGGUUUUGAUUUUGGCAAGGGUCUUUUAAAGAGAUUGACUGUCCCGAGGUCACCAAUGUCCGGAGCUUGUUUCUGAAUAGAAACCUAGGCAACAAAGAACAUUAUUUGGUGUUUGUUCUGUUGCAAGCAUACACAUACCAAAACAAAACUCAUGCUACGUUAUUACAGUUUCUCUGACAAACCUUGAUAUACGCUGAUCCCUCUAAAUCACUUGGGAUUUGAACGUCCAAAGGACAGUAAUCCUCAGGUAUCUUUUUAUCCAGGUCAAUGUCAGUGUUCUUUAUCACCUCAAAUGUGCCAUGAUGAAGAAAAAGAGAGCCUGAGAAAAGAAGGGCAAAGACAUACAUACUAAAAAUAAAGCACCUUCUGCAAAUAAAAAAAAGCUCCUUCCUUUAUUUUGGAAGAAUACGUAUUUCCAAGUCUCCAAACCUCCAGAGGUGCACUUAACUCAUAUUUCUCAAUGACUUCUUAAAAAAAACCAGAUAAAUUAGAAAGCUAAUUUCAGCACAUCAGUAUCUCAGUCCUCCAGUAUGCGACAUGUAAUGUUUUACAGUAAAUUAGCAUAGAGUAUUUAAUAAUUACGAGGGAAAACCAACUGUUUCAAAAUGGUGUCAAUAGAUGCAAGGAAAGAGGAAAAAUAAAAGAAACAUGAACAACCCCAAAUUUGUCCUUCCCCUCCUCCACUGAUGACAACAGGAACCCAACACACCCAGUUCUGAUGCCUGCUUUGUAGCUGUAUCUUAAAUUCCAUGGGAUUCUGUAUUCACUUUGUCACUCCAUCAUGGCCUUUAAAACCCUGGUCUCUCUGGUCACCUUCUCUUACUGUCUUAUCCAUGAAAUAAGGCAUAUUCUCAGUAUCAUGUCUCUCAAGUGUAGGAAUAAUAGGUAUAAUAA